AAUGCGAUUAAUCGCAAUAAUGACAUCGCAACUUAUCGAGUUCGAUAGUGUAUAUGUCAUACCAGUUUGUUGAUAAAACAUCAUGGCGCAAGUGUGGAGUCCGUCAAAGAAACAUAGCGAAUUUGCAAGGUGGGUUUGCAUUUAUCCGGUAUAUUUAAAUAGUAAGAAAACUUUGGCUGCUGGUAGGAAAUUAACCAAGGAGAAAUGUGUUGAAAAUCCUACCGCACAUGAAAUUCUUGACGUACUUGUAGCGACUGGGUUUAAUGCUCGUUUGGAAAAUAAAUUACAUCCACGUGAACGCAGUAAAGAAAUGUCAUAUUAUGGACGUGUACGUGUACAAUUGAAACAGGAUGAUGGAACACCGGUCAGGUCUGACUUUCCUACUAGAGAUUCCCUUCUGCUACAUCUGGGUACUACGAUACCAAAGUUAAAGACUCGUCAAGGAAAACAAGCUUACGGAGACCAAUCUUCUCAAUCAUCUGCCUCUUCAUCUAAAAAAGGAAAGGGUAAAGGGAGGAGAUAAUAAAAAUAUGAGAAGAUAUUGCUCUACGUAUUGAUAAAUAUUUUUUUUAUUUAUUUAAUAAAAUAUUUUGUAACGGUCUACUAUACAGCAUAUAUAAGAGAAAAUUCAAAUAUAAUAUACCUUACGUUAUAACAUUGAUCGAAUUUAUAUUCUACACUUAUAAAUAGUAUCCUACGUAAGAGUAUGUAUCUUGUUCUAUGAAGAUUUUAAUGUACGAAGUUU